AUGGCCUAUCAAGUGGCAGCGGCCAUCGUGGCUCCAGAUAAACUGAGGGAAGGUCGAAUAGGAAGGCGAACCCCCCAGUUCCCAACAUGCUGCUGUCUUAUACCCCAUUUACAAGCUAUAAUGACGCCCUAUAUGUCGAGCUAUAAUUUUUCUUCGAUUCUGAAUACUCUGUGGAUCAUGUUCAGCGUUGCUACACUAUACCAUCUCAUUCAAUAUUGCGUUCUCGCCUUUCACGAAGCAAAAGCUAUGCAUGCGGGGCCUCAGGAUGUUCAGGAUGCCGAACAUCAAGCGGUGGAAGCCUGUAUGAGAUAUCUUGGGAAGCAAGAGAAUUCGGCAGUAAGCUUUGUUUAUGCAGUCACUUCGUUCGGCACCAAGGGGCGGGCAUGGCGGUACGAAAGAGGCGACGAUUAUCUUACUCCUCUUUUCGGCUCAAAUGAUCUAGCAGAGCGUGGAGAUUAUGUCGAGCUACAUUCGUCCGAUGCAGCGUUGCUCAAUCGGGCAUUCAACGUGAUGAGAACUGUCAAACCAUACACCUAG